AUGGAUCGGCAAGAGAGUAUUAAAGGUAUAUAUUACUAAAAGUUCGCCAAUACUAGAAAAGACGUAUAAUUGUAAUGUACACUUACAACGUAUUAACUCAAAUCUGCUCAAAUGUUUCGAUUUAAUUCUUUGCUCGAGCGCACUAUCGUCCACGAUUGUUCAGGUUUUCUGUUAUUGUCCGAAAUUUAAAUGCAUUUGUGAGGUAUCAGUAUUUCGAAUAAAGUUGGAACGUCCUUUAGCAUCGACGACGGGUGAUUUAUGUUUCGUUUUCACCAUUAUGCGCAGUUGAGAAAUAUGUUGCAAUUGCAUCGAGAACCGCUGAUCGAGCACAAGAUCUCUUACACAAUAUUUACGAAUCAUUUUAAUUAAAAGUGUGGCGAAUAAGUUUAUUGAUUAAUGCAUCGGUAUAACAAACUAUUUAGUUCCAGCAAACGAAAUCACUAAGUUGUGUCCGAUAACCCCGGGGCUAGUGAUUUUUGUUCUUAACUUUCCCGACGGGCAAGUGCUGUUUUUUUGGGUAAAUUCAAAUUACAGAAGGAUUGUAAUCAAUCCUACUGAUCAAAAAGGGUUUUGGGGCUAGUUGCAAUGACUUGUGGGCUAAAUGUUUCUAAGAGACUAACUAAUGUAGCUAUUACAUUAAUCUUUGUAUGAAUUUAGUUCGGCACAUGACACUGUAACUCUUUUGAAACCCAGCCGUCCUACAUGUACUUAAGCACAACCAAGCCUAGACCGUGAGCAGUCUCUCUUUUUCUUCCGGUUUCCAUUUGCGUGUCUCGCGUUUUGCUCGACAGACUACAGAAAAAAGAUAGACUGCCGGUAGUCUAAACAAAGCCUGCCAUGCUACAUGGUAAUAGUCUGUGUUGCAGAUGCAAUUUAGCCUCAGUAAGUAAGGUCUGUGAAGCAGUGCUGAUAUACAUGUAUCCUGUUUUUUGGACUGGAGCCCCGAUGGACUCAACAAAUUACUGGAAGAGCAUUUCAAAUUUCCUUUCAUCUUAACCCUUUCACUGCCAAAUAUGACCAAAGGUAAAUUCGACAAAAGUCCCAAAUUUCAUUUUGUAAAAUUUUUUAAAAGAAAUAACACCACAUGAAAGUACUCCCAAAGAGAUUUCAUUUGAAUAGGAUUUUGUCCACAGACGUAAAAGUUAGAACCACGAAAGGGUUAAUUGGCAAAUUGACAAUUAUGGCAUUUUGAACAGGCAAAUCAUGGUGGCUACUGAAAUCGUGGUACACAGGUGGGGGCCCAGAUCAAGGGUUUCAGUGCUGUUUCGUAGAAAGACUUAACCAGAGUCUGUGGCACAGGCUAUAUAGUAGAAGCAUGACUUGGUUUUAAAUGCCAUGCUACUGCCAUGCUAAAGUCAAAUUUAAUCCAAUCAAUUGGAUUGGCACAGCAGGAGCACAAUGAUAGAAAUGGACCCUAUACAUGUAAUUGCAGGUAGUCAUUGUAACUACAUGUACAUCGUAACCAAUUUAUUGCAUCAAUUAGUCCUUGUAUAUUUUUGUGAUGUACAUGUAUUAAUUGAAAAUAAUUUUGUUAUUGAAAUAAUUAUGACACUGUUAAAAAUUGCCAGGCCAUUACUCAGUAAAAUUGAGAAUUUACAGUAAGACACCAGUGUACUAUACAUGCAUGUAUUUAAGUCAAAGAUUUCACUUGUUCGUCUGAUGGUGUAUGUUUAUGGUUAAACUGAAAUUUUACAUCUCCUGAACCACUGUUUGAUGUUACAGGUUGUAAUAUUUUACAUCAGGUACCAGCAAUUUAAUUUUAUACUUUGUUUUAGGAUCAUGGCCUAUUGCUGCUUGUAAUUCUCUGGAGCUGGGAACAUGCAAACUGAUAAUACUUGAAACCUGCCGACAUAACGUCCAGGAGCUCUGGUGCUUAGCACCAGGGGAUUCACUCAGUUCUCCUAAGCUGCGUUUUCCUGGCCAAUUUUUCCAAGUUCAGUAUGUCAUUGCACUGUGCAAUGAAGUCUCUCAAGAAUUGAUUGAUUGCAGAUUGGAGGCUCUUCAAAAUCACGCCAUGUUUAGGAUUGUAAAAUGUGAGUGUAUAAUAUUACACAAAAUAAUGGUCAUACAGUCGAAGCUCUGUUAGCAUUAGUGUCGUAAUCAGCCGCCGUCAUAGUACCCUGUAUUUUAACUCCCAUUACAAACUCUGUAUUAUUGCAUUGUCAUAAGCGGACAAUUCCCGUAUGCAGCCACGGAAACUUCCUUGGUUUAGAAGUAAUAGGGUUUAGGUUAGUGCUCCCGUAAGAGGACAUCUUAAAUGAAAUCUCACUCACCAGUCUGAAUCUUGUACUUUAAUACUGUUAUCAGCUUGAUAUUAUUGUUGAUCACAAUAAAUUUAUGUCCAUUUCGUGUUUUUUUUUCUUUUUUUUUUUACAUAACCGUCCAGUUACACUUCAAAGCAUCACUUGAAUUUUAUGCUUGUGGCUAAAUUAACACAUUGUCAGAUCAGGCCAGUAUAGCCAAACACUAUCAAACACUUUUUUGCAUUUCCAGUGUUUAUUUGUACAUGUAGUUGAACAAGCUCCUGUAAAAAAUCAUUUAACCCUUAUCUCUGAAGUGACCACUUAACUUGUGUAAAAGAACCAUUUCAUAAGCAGCCAGCUCCAGUAACAGACACCUUUUUCAUGUCCUGAGGGUGUCUGCUUACCAGUCUAGGGCUUCUACCUGACUACUGUAUUAAAAUAAAUAUUAUUUCUUUCUGUCCAACCCUUGUAAAAAUUUAUUAGCGAUCGCGCCGCGAUCGCGGCGCGAUCGCUGUCAAAAUCGCGUAGCGUUUUUGGCCGGAUUUCGCGGCGCGAUCGCUGCGUUAUUCGCGGAGCGAUGGGAGCGAUCGCGGCGCGAUCGCUGUCAUCAAUCGCUUAGCGUUUUUGGCCGGAUUUCGCGGCGCGAUGAGAGCGAUCGCUGAGCGAUCGCUGUCGUCGAUCGCUUAGCGUUUUUGGCCGGAUUUCGCGGCGCGAUGAGAGCGAUCGCUGAGCGAUCGCUGUCAUCAAUCGCUUAGCGUUUUUGGCCGGAUUUCGCGGCGCGAUGAGAGCGAUCGCUGAGCGAUCGCUGUCAUCAAUCGCUUAGCGUUUUUGGCCGGAUUUCGCGGCGCGAUGAGAGCGAUCCCUGAGCGAUCGCUGUCAUCAAUCGCUUAGCGUUUUUGGCCGGAUUUCGCGGCGCGAUGAGAGCGAUCGCGCCGCGAUCGCUGUCAUUAAUCGCUUAGCGUUUUUGGCCGAAUUUCGCGGCGAGAUGGCAGUGAUCGCUCAGCGAUCGCUGUUGUCGAUCGCUUAGCGUUUUUGGCCGAAGUUCGCGGCGCGAUUGGAGCGAUCGCGCCGCAAUCGCUGUCAUUGAUCGCAGAUGGCUUUCGGUCGAAUUUCUCGUUGCGAUCACGGUCCGGACGAAAAAGACAUAAAUGAGUAUUUCUUAUCUCAGAAGAAGAGCAGUGAGCUGAAAUUUGUCCUGAAAGUUGCAGUAACAUUUUACUAACUUGUGACAAACGGAGAGCUUCUGAGCUUUGCCGAAAAUCGUGCAUCAUAGAAAAUGACCGCUCCGUUUGAAAGCCCCUGGUCCGGCCAGUGGUUCCGGCCACUUUGGCUACUUUAAUUGGAAGCCGACAUCAAAAGUGCGUAAAAAGAAACCUUCCAAGCACCAUCUGAUCUAAAUUCCUGUAUAAUUUUUAUAGGCUGCUCACUUAAAAUUCGAAACCAAACUGAGAUUUCUGUGUAAAGAGCUAACGUUUGGUCUCUCGAAGAAACUAAACCGUGAAAAGGUCAAUUCGCCACCAUUUUAAAUGAAUUCAGUCAAAGUUUAGAGGGAAAAAAUAUUUGUCGUCGCUUGUUUACGUCCUCAAGAAACACCUCCCAUCACCAAAAUGUUGUCUAAGUCAUGCCGCGACCGAAAAGCGUGCGUCAUGCAUGUGCAGGACGUGCAGAGUAAUAUUUUCCUUGUUAGGCCCAUUGCUUGCCAAGUUUUUUGACUUUGCUAAAUGCUACAGCUCCCAAAUGAAAUAUAAGUUUCAUUUUAUGGCCUUCUAUAUCACUGCUUAAUAAAUAAAGUGCAGUGUUACUGGGAAAUUUUCAAACAGGCUUUCCCUUUUCAAUCACUAUUUGGCUAGUUUGGCCGGACCAAGGACAUAGUACGCAAAAUUUAUUUUGGAAUAUUAUCUAAACUUUGGUUUUAAAAUUCAACCAGUCCACCGAAUUUUUUUUUGUUUUGCAAGUCGAAAGAACAUUUCUCGUACGCCGUGUACACCAAAAAUUAGCUUUCUUAACACUUAAUUGCAUACCUGAACUAAAAAUGCAUCCAAGUAAUUUAAGGCGCCAUAAAAAAGCAAAAAUAACAGAACAAAAUUCACCUACGACAAUCGAGCUUCAGAAGGCAAACAGAUCAAUAAAAAAUCGGAAAGUUUCGUUUGUAGUUUAACCUUAUUUUCUUCCGAAAAUUACGUACAUCACAAAUUAAAACGGGCCGGAACUUAUCCGAACUUAUCCGAACUUAUCUAGGAAAGAUCGAAGCUACUCAGUCUGCAAGCAGGGUAGUAUAAAUCAUGUCAAGAUAAAGCUAAAUUUUCAACUUAAACGGGUCUAAAUAGGGAAUGAAUUUUCAAAAGAAAGGUCUUAUGUGAGAGUUCAGUGAAUCGUGUUUUUUAUUCUUAGCUAAGUGUGAGCAGAGUAAAACGUUUUAUAUCCUGAAGUAUUGAGAUAAUGAAACCGCCUAUAUGCAUUGAUUUCUUUUCUUUUGAUCCACUUGUCCAUGUCUUCAGAUAGGUUCAUCCUAUUAGGGAUAAAAAUAUUUUUUCUUUUUUCCUCACGCUAAUGAUAUGUUUCAUGUUCAUUUACCGUGCUUAAAUAUUCUCACUGAAAUUCUCCAUACUUCUUUAUUAAGCCAAUUUAAUGUGACGUCCCACAGUCUUCAGCCUAAACGUUACCUUUGAAAUUUACAUAAUGUACAAACUGAGUACUCACAACUGUUGUCUUUGCAAGAUUAAUUGUUGCUGCAGAAUAUUCAAGAGGCCAUCAUGGCUCUUGGUAUAUUGCCAUGUUUAUGCCCCACAGUACGUCCAGAGCGGUUUUCCUGUUGAGAAAUUAAAACCAGUUAACCAAGAGAGUUAUUCCCGAAAUCAGAGUAUUGAAAUAUUCAAAUCAAGACAAAUCACUGAGUUGUGAAGCUCAAGUAGCUUAAGACUUACACCCCCCGAAGGAUAUAAAAAAAUGAGCUAAAAAACGAAGGCUCCAAAAUCAGAAGUUUUGCUUUCUGGAACUAUUAAAAGGUAGCUCGAAUUUUUUUAGCUUUUUUGUUUGUUUGAGAAGCCUAAUAAAAAGGCUAACCUUAAUUGUGUUAUAAACUAUGAAAAGUGCCGGAAAGUAUAAAAUCGACAACACCGAAUGAAUAUCAAGCUUAACCCUAAUUAGGUUUAAAAUUAAACUUAGUGAUAAUAAGAAGUGAGUAGACUUACCUUUUUGAGUACGUUUCUUUGUUUGAACUUUCAACAUGUCAAAAGAAUCAUUAAGAAAAAUUUUCCAAUGUUUAAACAGCAAUAAACGGCCAUUGCCAAUUGCAUGACAAGUGAAAUUGAGAGCAAUUUUCUUUUUCAAGGUACGCGUCAGCCUUGAAUCUUGGCCACCCGCGUCGCAGUGGCGGGAAAUCGGAUUUUGGAAUCCAGUCCCCAAGGGCGCGAUCCAUUCAACCAAAAUUUCCGGAAUAUUUCGGUCCAAAACUCUGGAUCGGUUCGGUCCAACCGGAAAAGUUUCGAAAAAACGGGUCCACCUUUUUAGGUGGACCAAUUUUCCCGGUCGGCCCGGUUGGAAUUUUGGUUGAAUGGAUCGCACCCCAAUACUCUGGAUUAAACCGUCACGUACAUGCAGGAUUCAUUUCUGUUAUCAAGGACCAUUAAGUAAAAAUCAUGUUGAUUACAUCCUUAUAUACAGCAGCUUAAGGCCUGGAGCGUAACAGAAAUUCAUCCUUGGGCUUAAAAUGACUCAAUUAGAGGUGAGCGAGAAAAGGUUUCCUAUUUUGCCUGCCCUAAUAAUUUUCACAAUCGCAAGUUUUGAAGAACAACAUAAUGGAAUAUAAAAAUAAAAUAAUAUGCCCGGCAGCCGGGAAGGGUCUAAGCUGCACGGCAGUCAGAAUGUUUUUUUGAUUAUCUUCAAAAUCUUUUUUUCUAAAUAUAAUCGUUUGAAAGUAUUAUAUCUUCGUUUAGAAUUACCAAGGGAUUAGGAAAACAGGAAUGGCUUAGCAGUAGAGCGGUUGUGGUUUCUUGGGCAUAGAGCCUGAGAGUCGACGCUGUUUCGACACUUAGAAACAUUCGAGACUCGCGAGUACGUUUUCGCACAGGCUAAAUAUCCGGCAGUUUGAAAGCCAUCUGGAAAGUUGGAAAGCCUGUUAGUAAGCCAAAGGAUGCAUACUAGCCUCGAUUAGUUUUCCAAAGCAAUAACGAGAAUAUUAAGUGCUUUCAUUAAGAAACCUUAGAGUCAAUGCACUGUGUGAAUCAACUAACGUGUGGGAAAAAAGGGUGCAAAGGCAAACGCAGUGCGAAUUACGGCCCAUAACAAACGGGAAAGGCGGUCCCUGAUAACACCAAAUUAAAUAUAGCCUGUUAUAAAAAAAACAACUAACGAGUCACGAACGAUAAGGAAUAACAAGACGAGCUAUUAACCAGACUAAAAGGGGCGUAAAAGACGUGAGAGCUCAAACAGAAUAAUAACCAUACGACUAACUUAUAACAGAAAUCGCGACGAUAACUGUGAUCCUCGGUUAUCUCCUUCGCGAUAAUGGCACUGAGAUUGCGGACGCGAACUUAAUUAGAAUUGAUCGUGAUCACCACCUGGCGAUCGCGAUUACUGCACCACGAUCGAGAGCAAUAUGGCACUCGACGAUCGCCGAUUACAACUUAACUAAAUCGCACCGCGAUCGCAAUCACCGCUUCGCAGUAAGUACAAUGCCCCUGCGAUCGCGAUUACCAAACCGGGAUCGUAGUCCUGACAUAUAAAUCACGGAUUUGAAUUUACUAAAUCAAGCCGCGAUCGUGAUCAUCACGCCGCGAUAAGUACAAUGUCGCUGCCAUCGCGGAUACUAUUUUUCAAAAUCGCACGACCCCAUCAGCUGCUUAGCGUUUAAUAUCAUCGAGCUAAAAUAAAAACUGUCUGUCUUCGCGAUCGCGAUCAUCUUCCUGCGAUCACGAUCAUUCCGCUGAGAUCGCUAUAGCUUCGCCACGAUCGCUCUAUCUUCACCAUCCUGACCCUGAGAUCGCGGAUAAUAUUUUUCUGAAUCGCGCCGCGAUCGUAAUCUUCUUCCUGCGAUCACGAUCAUCGUUCUGAGAUCGUUAUAACUUCGCCGCGAUCGCGAUUUCAUCGCCAGCAUCGCAAUCCUGACCUUGGGAUCGCAGAUACGAUUUUUCAAAAUUGCGCCGCGAUCGCGAUCAUCUUCCCGCAAUCACGAUCAUCGCGUUGAGAUCGCUAUAACUUCGCCGCGAUCGCGAUCACCACGCCGCGAUCGCGAUCACUACGCCGCGAUCGCGAUCAUCGCGUCGCUAUUGCAAGCGCGAUUUACUUCAAUUGCAUAGCGAUCGCUGAUAUCGCGCCGCGAUCAAAAUCAUCGCGCCGCGAUCAAAAUCAUCGCGCCGCGAUCGCGAUCACCGCGUCGCGAUCGCGAUUACCGCGUCGCGAUCGCGAUCAUCGCGUCGCGAUCGCGAUCACCGCGCCGCGAUCGCUAUAACCUCGCCGCGAUCGCGGGCGCGAUUAAUUUAAAUCGCGCCGCGAUAUGCACAAUCGCGCCGCGAUCGCUGCCAUCGCUCCGCGAUCGCGGUCAUCGCGCCGCGAUCGCGGCGCGAUCGCUAAUAAAUUUUUACAAGGGAAAUAAUAUCAUUUUUUUCUUGGUAUGCUUUCAGUUACACUCUGUAUUAAUUUUAUGACUUGCUGCUCAACUUACCGCAUUAGUCACUAGAUUGUUUCCUGGAACAGUUUCAGUAAUUUAUUACCUGAUGCUCAACUUUAGCAUAGUCACUAGGGUAAAAUUUUUCUCACACUCCCCAUGCUUCCUACAUUCUACAUGUUCAAAUGUAUCUCUUGUAUUGCUAAUGGCUUCUAACAUAGCCUGCGUAGCAAGCAUUUCCUCGCGAUCUUCACUAGAAAGCUGGGACAAGAGCAAAAAAAACAUGAAUGAUGGGGGAGGGAGAGGGGAACGAAGGAACCUCUUGCCCGCAAACCCCACGAUUUUGAAAAACUGCGUUCGCCCACGAACGCAGCCUCUGAUUGGCGCGGUGCGGGUAGUGUUGAUUACUUAGCAUUCAAAACAUCAAUCAAACCAAUGCCGUGUUUAGACUUGAGCGUGCCACCGAGGUAUUGGAGUUAACUUACCUAGGUAAAUAUUUUGCGUGUAUAAACGCCAACUGAUACCCUGGUAAACACCGCUCAAGACAAUAGAAAGUUAACUAAGGUAAAAGUUUGAUUUACCCUGCGAGCAGGCAUGGUUAAGGUCGGUAGCCAAGGUUUGGAUGACAGAUACAUCCGCUUGCAGUCGCAUAGAAUUUCACAUCCUGUGGUGUCGGGAUUGCAUCAGUCUCGUUCGAUCACGUUUUCGAGACCAGGUUUUCGACCAGGUUUGCACGUUUGGUUUCGGUCUACGAAGAAGUUAUGGCAAAAACCAAACACACAAAAGACACACCAUUCUUCAGCAAACCUUCCGUUUAAUAGAGUUUCGAACCAGAAUUGGUUUCUCGGCCACCACCUCGCACGUCUAAGGCGCCUUGUCUUGCAAAGGGCAAUUUGUAGCAGCAUUAAUCGCUUACGCCUCGACCUCUUUAGGUGCAGCAAAAGUAAGAGCUGCUGCAAUCUCGAUUCCUGGGUUUGCUGAUCAAGAACAAGAAAAUAAAACGCGAGGACUACAAGAGAGCCUACAAGAACCACAGCCUCUCCUCUAAUCGCGAGCAUUUUAUGCGUGGAUUUAGAAUUUGCCGCCAAUUCGAUUAGAUUGUGAUUGAUGACAGAUUUAUUUGAGCCCGUAUAAACACUGUACAAAUGUACCAGGGUUUAGUCAGUUAAUGUUUACCUUGGUACACGCUUGAGUGUAAACACAGCACAAGUAUGCUUUGGUUUCAGACGAGAUAAAGCCACACAACAAAAAACAAGAAAUUCCGCAGCAAUCGCUCAUAGUUUUAACUUUCUUUUAUCGCAAAUCUUUUUUAUUACACUUCUUGCAAUCACCUGCAAGGUGUUUUAUUAGAGAACAAAGUAAUUUUACAAAAAUUAAUCUGGUAAUCAGGGGUAAUCUGUUCGUUAUGUUUCUAUUUUGACGAGCUGUCAAUUUACAAAUGAGCCGAACCGUGAAAUAUCAAGGGGCGUUUUUCAGAAUCGUGGGGUUUGCAGGCAGGCGUUUCCUCUUCUCCCCUCCCCCUCCCCCUUCAUCCUUUUUUUUGCUUCCACUCUAACUUUCGCGCAAUAACUCGAUUGGAAACGCUUGCUACGCAGGCUACUUCUGACAAGAGUCUUUCCAUGAGUAGGUACGCUUCAAUAAGUAAUAUUACACUUCAGUAAAAUCCAACUAGUGGCCUAUUAUCAAUGCCGCAUUCUGAUUGGUUGAGCUACUACUAGGCUAUAUGUUAUAGCCCAUUAGUAGCAAAAAGCGCCGGCUUUGAAAACCAAAACAAUGGCGGCUGAAUCGCGUUUUGCUAGCUAAAGUUGUUUUGUCUCGAUAUUUUUGAUGAAUUAGUUGAUAUUUAAAACAAUUAUUCCUCUGCCCCUCUUGGCCUCUGAGUCAAUAGCCUAGAGCCCAUUCAGGUUCGAGGAAUAAUUGUUAAGUAUUAUAGGCAUUUUUUUAAUUUGCUUAGGGAGUGUCUAGUGGCCUAACAACAUCUAGGGUUUUUAACGGUAUACUGUUUUAUGUUACUCCCUUGCUCAUUACCAUUUGGUAGGACUGUUCCUACAUUGUACAUAAUAUUGUUCACUUUCUUGGGAGUUAAAGGCUGAGUGCUCAUCUUAACUUACGAAAAAUUGAACCCAGUUGUCAUGUAUUGGUUUUGCAUGAUUGUACAGAAUAAACGACAGCGAGAUGUGUUCAUCAUUGAAGCAGAAGUGACUACACCUCAGGGCCGCCUGCCUAUAGUGCAAACCUCCAAAGUGAGUUGUAGUGGAGAUGUACUUCCCUCGCUUGCUGGGACUUUCACAUUUCUCCUUCCUGCUGACAUCCCAGGAACCUUCCACAUUAACUUCAAGUUCAAAUCACUAGGCCAGAUUGGCAAUUGUGGUGUUGAUGAAGUGUUGGUUGAUGAAAUUAAAACCUUUGUGGUGACCCAUUAUCAAAACAAGAAUUUGUCUGAUUACUGUGACCGCCACUUUGUGCCUGCAGUGGAGGUGCCUGUGGCUAAGAAACAACUUGUGGGUAAGUGUUUUCAUAAAAAAAAUAUAUUGUACUGUUAGUAGCAUGUACAUGCAUAGUAUAAGUACCAUUAGGUAAUAAAUAUUAAAUUUAAGAAUCAUAAAAAAUUAAUACAUUCUGUAAUUCUUUUUUAAAAAAAAUGGACCCACUGUACAACUGUCAUUUAUACAACUUAUACAAUCUAUUCUGUACUGAGUACAUGUAUGUGUCAAUGGCCAAGGGUCAAUCAAAUAAAGGAAAAGUAAUUCAAGAAUUUCAAUUUCUUUCCACUGCAUGAUAACAGCCCUGUAAACAGCAAAAUGUCAUCCAGUUUGUGCAGCACAAUAUUCUUCAACUUUUUUGUACACUGUACUUCAUACUUGUGCUUCAUACUAAUGUUUGGUGGAAUACAAUGUACAGUACAUACAUGGUGUAUGUAGUAAUAAUUAAUUAUAAUAAUACCCUUUAGGUCACAAUAUUCACAUACAAAUUCUCCAGUUCUCCGUGCAUGUACAUUUUCUUUAAGAAUAGAGAGACUGUGGUAUUAAGAAGAUCAAAGUAUUUUCCCUUUGGUGAUUUUUAUUAAUUUUGUUUCUUCUGUCGCCAUAACCUUUUCUCUUGAUGAUUGUAAUUGGUGUUGUAAGGAAAAAAUUGACAUUGGUCACUCUUUUGACUUACAGCAAGCUUCCAUGUAUCUUCAAAGUUUUGAUAGUAAAAUUUUGGCAUAAUUAGUUGUAUAAUUAUUUUAUAGGUAUACUGGGAACACCUGAAGUUCAAAGGAUCAUCAACUAUUUCCAAGUUCUUGUGGAAAAUGGUUAUGGAUAAUCACUAUUUUACAGUCUUCUUACACUUUAUACAUGCACCAAUAAAAAUUGUUUACUUAAUCAGAAUGCUAUUUAACGUGGUGCUCAUUAAAAAUAUGCUAACAAGAGCAAAACCUGUCAAGCUUCCAUCACAAACAUUGCAUUAUUCACGGUAGUUUUAUGGACAAAAUUUUUGUUUGCAUUCUUAAUAAUAACUUAUUAAUCUGGAAUUAUACUUGACCUUUCCAAAUUUUUUUUUGUUCUUGUUUCUUGUCUUAUGCAAAUUUUGUUUUUAUAAUUUUCACAACUCUUAUUUGUUAAUGCUUUUAGGUGCCUUUGACUGUUUUAAGUGA